CAGUUCCGGGUCAAGGUUACAAUCAGGGGGGGGAAAAAAACGUUCAGUUUUUUUACGGCAUGCGCGUGGUGUUGAGCUAAGCUAGUUGAGGUUAGCUAUUGACUAACCGUCACUAACGUCGGUUUGCUGUUUUUGAGUUUGUUGAAAUUGUGUCUCAUCGGUGACAACAGUGUACAUUAGAACAACACCACUAGAACUUCCCCAGCAUUGGCUAGCUGACGUUACGGUUGAAUGUGAAAAGUUUAGGCGGUUGGGAUAACGUCAGCCCCGCCUAGGCUGUGUGUAUAUUAACGCGGUAAACCUGUGCUACUGCCAUUGCCGGGAGUGUAAGAAAAAUCGGCAAGAUAUACUGAAAUAAAACGGAUUUCCCACUGCAUCUGCUCUCAGCAAGAUCUGGGAAGGCUCUGUCAUCGUCCGUGAACCUCAAAAUACAACAGACACAAUAACAUUCAGUGCUCAAACGUCUGUGUUGAUGAGAGGUGACAAAUCAUGGGAAGCUGGAAUUCAUGAAACUGCCAAAAUGUCUUCAGUCCAAGGACUCCCUACACAUGGGUCAGAUGUAACAAUUCUCAUAACCAGGUUUCACUUGCAUCCCCAUUGUGCGCUUGUGGAGUUUUGGGGAACAUUUUGCCAGGAGAGGACCUCAGAUUAUGAGUGCCUUGCCAAAGACAUUCAAUUGCCUGGAAACACAUUUCAAGAGUUUGAAGGAAAUCCUGGUGAUCAGUGCUUGGUUCAGAUUGAUGGUACUUGGUACAGGUCACGCAUAGUCUCAACAAAUGGCUCGAAAUACAGUGUGUUCCUUAUCGACAAAGGAAAGACAUGUAGCACCACAACAAGUAAGCUUGCCUGGGGCAAGAAGAAGCACUUCCACCUGCCACCCGAAGUGGAAUUUUGUGUGCUAGCUAAUGUGUUGCCAGUCUCGCCUGAGAACAGAUGGUCUCCUAUGGCUCUCGAAUUUCUGAAAUCUCUCUCCGGGAAGUCUGUGAAGGCACAUGUGCAAGAUGUACUGGUGGCGCACAGAACAAUUCUCCUGCACAUCCCUUGCAUAUCUAAACAAAUGUAUGAGAUGGGAAUUGCCAAGAAGCUGUCUCCAGAUGUGUUUCAUGACUUUGUUCUUAGGUCGCUGCAUUCCAACAGUGGGGCUGAAGUGGCUCUAGAGACUUGGAUCUCUGCUGGAGCAGGUGAGCGACUUCACAAGAAAGAGGUCUUCAUGUACCCUGAGCUGCCAACAGGAACUGUGGAGACCGUCAUAGUCACAGAAGUGACAAAUCCGCAGCGGAUCUUUUGUCAGUUGAAGGUCUUUUCGCUGGAGUUGAAGAAACUCUCAGGGCUAAUCACACAGUGCUGUGAGGGCAGAAUAAACAAUUGCAUUGUAAGUCCCGAAAUGAUUGGGUCUCCGUGUGCUGCAAGAGGAAGUGAUGGCAGGUGGUACCGCUCUGUUCUACAGCAGGUAUUCCCAACCAACAAUGUGGUGGAAGUGUUGCACGUUGACUAUGGAACAAAAGCACUUGUUCAAGUGGAGAGUGUAAGACCACUGGCUGCAGAGUUCUUCAGGAUGCCCGUUGUGACUUACGUCUGUUCCCUCCAUGGAAUCCUUGACAAAGGGGUUGGAUGGACUACCAGUCAGAUUGACCAUCUCAGGGCCCUUCUCCUGCAAAAGACAGUGAUUGCCAAAUUUGAAUACCAAAGCAUCUUUGAGGGCGUUCACUAUGUCACUCUUUAUGGGGAUGAAAACACAAACAUUAACCGCUUGUUUGGUUCCAAGGAGAGCUGUUUACUGGAGAGUAAAAAAACACAUGGAGAUUAUGCCAUCUGUAACACUGCAUACAGCCAACAGCGUUCGGCUCAGCUGGAGAGUGAAAAAACACUUGGAGAUUAUGCCAUCCAUCGCACUGCAUACAGCCAUCAGCAUCCAGCUCAGCAAGAAGGAAAUCAAAGAAAGGUGCUAACUCCUGGAAAGGAUGCAGAGGAAAAAGAAGGGAAAGGCAUAGUAGGAAAGUUGCCAGCUGAAGACCUUGCUCUCAGUUCGUCGCAUGUGGCAGUUGUUCCGCACGUAUCUGACCCAUCACAAUUUUGGAUCCAAACACAGAACUAUGCAAAUGAGUUGGAUCAACUGAUGGAGAGCAUGUACCAUCUAUACAAAGAUUCAGUUACUACAAAUCUGGUGAGAAAUCCAACUGUUGGGCUCUACUGUGCUGCCAAGGCAGCCGAUGGGGAGUUCUAUAGAGCAACUGUGGUUGAAGUUGGUGAGACAAAAGUCAAGAUGUUCUUUGUUGAUUAUGGAAACACUGAAGUGGUUGACAGGAAUGACGUCAAGACCCUCUUUGAUGAGUUCAAAAAGCUGCCAUGUCUUGCACUGAAAUGCACCCUGGCUGGUGUCAGGCCGAAAGAUGGCAGAUGGAGUCAAAGUGCCUGCGAGUUUUUCAUCAAAGCAGUUACAGAUAAAGAACUAACUGUACACGUGAUGGCAAAAGACAACAAAGGCUAUGUUGUCCAACUAACAGACCCUCAAGCUCAGGGAGAAAAAGAUCUUAGUACACUGAUGUGUAGUUCUAGCCUUGCUGAAAGUGCUGAAACACAGAUACAACCCAUAGCUCAAAUGACCACGCAACCUGCUAUUCCACCACAACUCCCAGAUGCCAGGCUAUUAGGUGUACACGGGAACAAAAUAAUGCCUUUACAAGCCCUAAACACCGUUGGCCCUGCCAGUACUGAACAAAUUCCCAUAUACAAGCAGCACAUGUUUCCCAUUGGAAGUGUCCUUGAUGUCUGUGUGUCCUACGUCAAAAGCCCAAAUGACUUCUGGUGCCAACUAGUACAAAAUGCAGGGCGCUUGAAAUUGCUCAUGCAAGACCUACAGGCUCAUUAUGCAGGCACUGAGUUUCAUCCCCUUUUGGAAAACACUUGUGUUGCUCGCCACCCUGCCAAUGGUAUGUGGUACAGGGCCCUUGUAAUUCAGAAACAUAAAACGCCUGAUGCGGAUGUGUUGUUUGUUGACUACGGCCAGACGGAGACAGUCGCCAUCUCUGACCUGAGGAGGAUCAGCCCACAAUUCCUCGCUCUGCAUGCCCAGUCUCUUCGUUGCAGUCUCUUAAACCCUGUUGACCCCACGUCUGCCAUAAAUGAGUGGAAUGAAGAAGCAAUGGCCAAGUUCCAGAGCUUUGUGGAAACAGCGGCAUCCAACUUAGUGAGUUUAAAGUGCACCAUAUAUGCUAUCAUGUACAGUGAGCAGAAGAUUGUUUUCAACAUUGUGGAUCUAGAAACUCCCUUCGAGAGUAUCUGCACCACUAUGGCCAAUCUAUUCAAAAGUGCACCUCCCAAGAAAGCUGCUGGGCCAUCUUUCCGUCUGGACACAUACUAUUUCUCAACACACAACGUCAAAGUUGGAACUGAGGAACCGGUCACAGUGACAUGUGUGAACAGUGUUAGUCAGUUCUACUGCCAGCUCGAGAGGAAUGCUGAUGUGAUAAAAGAUCUAAAUAGCAAAGUGAGAAAUCUCUGUCAUCAGCUUGAAAAUGUAAAGCUCCCUACAGUCUUUGGCACUUUGUGCUUUGCAAAGUACACUGAUGGGAAGUGGUACAGGGGACAGAUCAAGGCCACAAAGCCAGCGAUUCUGGUUCACUUUGUGGAUUAUGGUGACACCCUUGAGGUGCAAAAAUCUGACUUGCUUCCAGUUCCCAGAGAAGCUAAUGAUAUCAUGUCUGUGCCUGUGCAAGCAGUUGUGUGUAGUCUCUCGGAUGUCCCUGCCCAUGUUCCCAGGGAGGCGAACAGCUGGUUUGAGACAAGUUCUACAGAAUGUACAUUUCGAGCACUAAUAGUGGCCCGAGAACCUGAUGGGAAACUGCUGGUUGAACUGUAUCAGGGAAACACUCAGGUUAAUUCAAAGAUCAAAAAGUUGUUUGGGAUCGAGAUGCACACAGAAGACAAGGUUGUCCACCAUGGUUGGAGAGCACUUGAGGCUCCAGCAAAUCGUACACAACAGACUCCAAAAGUUGUCCCACAGCAAACUAAAGAAAUGGAAGAUCACACUCACACUAUCAAAAGAAACGUCUCCGCCCCAAAAGCAGCACGUCAAAUGAGGAAUUCCGACAUGAAUCUGAAGUCAGCCCCAAAGCCUUUACGCAACGCUCCGUUGGAGCUGUACAGACCUCCACACCAAAGGCAGUCAUGUAGAGCGACACCAAUUAAUACAGGAAAUGGUUCUGAGCCGACCGGUGCCUUUAUCACACCAGGAAAAGAGAGUCUUUUUACAGAAACGAAACCGCUCAAGUCUAAAUCACCUGGCACAGAAUCCCAGAAUGAAAGCAAUGCUGAAAAAUUCCCUAAACUUGCAGACUUGCCAUCAAAAUCUAUCACAUCAGAUAUGGAAGCAGAGGUUUAUGUCUCGCACUGCAACAGCCCUUUGAGUUUUUAUGUGCAACUUGUCAGAGAGGAGGAUGAAAUAUUCUCCCUUGUGGAAACUCUAAAUGAUCCCGAAUCCACCCCACAAACAAACGACAUCAAAGACUUGCGACCCGGUGACCUUGUUCAAGCGGAGUUUGCAGAUGAUUCCUCGUGGUAUCGAGCAGUUGUCAAAGAGAUCCACAACAAAACGAUGGUUCUCGUCGAGUUUGUGGAUUUCGGAAAUACGGCAGAGAUGCCAAUUUCAAAGAUAGGCCGACUCCAAAAAACUUUCUUGCAACUUCCCAUGUACAGCACACACUGUAUGCUGAGCGAGGCUGCAGGUCUUGGAAAAGAGGAAUUCCUUGACUCAGAAGUGGUGUCAGCUUUCAAAGAAGACCUCGGCAAUGGGGGAGAAAAGGUGCUCAAAUGCCAGUUUAUCAGGCAGUCAGGAUCUGUGUGGGAAGUCAGUCUUGAAGACUGUGGUGAGACUGUCAAGUGUAAGGCACCUACUAAAUGCUCAACUAAUGGUUUUGAAACUGCCCCAGAAAAAUUUGAACAAGUUGAGGAAAAACCUGGCCAGAACUCUGACACCAGGAAUGUGCCAGAGAACUCAGAGAAAUUGUUGCAUAACCCUUGCUCUGUGUGUUACCACCAACAAGAGUUUUUGGAGGGACAGAAGUUGGACGUCUACAUCACAGCUAUAAAUGAUGAUCAGACCUUUUGGUGUCAGCCUGCGGACUCUGAAGAGCUUGAUAAGAUAACUUCAAGUGUCUCAGAAGUGGGAGAUGCAGUCGAUCACAAACCUAUUGACCCAGGCUCGCUCUCUCCCGGCAGGCCAUGCGUUGCUCUCUUUUCAGACGACAAUUUUUGGUACCGCGCAGAGGUCAUCGACAAAGAUGGAGAUGAGCUGUCUGUUCUCUUUGUAGACUAUGGAAACAAGUCCCAAGUAAGCGUUACAAAUGUGAGAGAAAUGCCCCCUAGCCUGAUGGAAAGUCCUCAACAGGCAUUUUUGUGCGAGCUUGAAGGCUUUGAUGCGUCCCAUGGAUCCUGGGACAGUGGAGCGGUAGAGGAGUUGUCAGCGCUCACAGCAGACAAAGCUUUACAGCUGACUGUCACCAGAGUAACAAGAGCAGAAGGAAACAUCAAAUGCCUUGUGCUGAUGGAAUGUGAGGGCCAGGUUCUAAAUGAAGCACUGAAAACCUGGUGGAAGAACUCCACGGAAAACGAACCUGGUGCAGAUGGACCAACCACUUUGUACGAAACGCCACGGCAGCGUGACUCAACAGUGGAAGAGACUGCACCACCCGAGGAUCACCUCGAGUGUCCCGAAGGCCAAGACAUGGAUACCACUGAUGCUUGCAUUCACCCUCAGAGAGACCACAGUGAAGAGCGGAGCACUGCCGAGUUUGCGGACACCCACACAGGUGUUUUGCCAUGUGAUAGUGGCAUAGAUGAAGCCAUGUUUCCUCCACUUACUAAAAAAGGUGACCAAAGUGUUUUGAUCUCGGGCUGUGACAAGAGUGCAGUGGAAACGGAAAGAGGCACCGAAGAGGAGGGCUUUUCACUGAUGGACAUUAUAGGGCCAGAUGACUUGAGUUCUCCAUUCGAUGAGUCUCUGCUUGGGGAGGUUAAUACCUACAGCAUGGAAAGCAGCUUUGACGUCCUACAUUUUUCUGAUCCGACUGAGGAAAGAGAUGACAGCGAGGUUACCAUAGCAAGGGAUAAAUAUUUUACCAGUACAACAGCGAAAAUGGUUUCCCGUGAAGCUCUUCGUCGCAGAGAGAGCAUUGAUCUGCCUGAGACCCAUGAUAACAUUUCUGACGACUUGAAUCAGAAUCAGACUGAAUUGGUGCUGCCCUCCUGUGUGCUUACUGCGUUGGAUGCUCCUACAGAGCAGGAAAUUGACAGUGGAGAUGAUGUCCCAAAGGAAGAGCUGCCAUGUGUUACCACACAUGCUGAGGGUGACGGGGUUGAAGAGGUCCCAUGUUCUGUUGAAGUAGUAGUCCCGUGUUCUGUUGAAGAAGAGGUCCCGUGUGCUGUUCAAGAAGCGGUUACCUGUUCUAUUGAAAUAGUAGUCCCGUGUUCUGUUGAAGAAGAGGUCCUGUGUUCUCUUGAAGAAGAGGUCCCGUGUGCAGUUGAAGAUGUGAUCCUGUGUGCAGUUGAAGUAGAUAUCUCGUGUGAUGUUGAAGAAGCGGUGACCUGUUCUGUUGAAGCAGUGACUUCUUCUGUUGAAGGAGAGGUCCUGUGUACAGUUGAAGGAAAGGUCUUGUGUACAGUUGAAGAAGCGGUGACCUGUGAUGUUGAAGAAGUGGUGACCUGUGCUGUUGAAGAAGCGGUGACCUGUGAUGUUGAAGAAGCGGUGACCUGUGCUGUUGAAGAAGCGGUGACCUGUGCUGUUGAAGAAGCGGUGACCUGUGAUGUUGAAGAAGCGGUGACCUGUGAUGUUGAAGAAGCGGUGACCUGUGCUGUUGAAGAAGCGGUGACCUGGGCUGUUGAAGAAGAGGUGCCGUGCUCUGUUGAAGAACAGGUGCCGUGCUCUGUUGAAGAGGCCUGUUUGACAGACAUCUGCACAGAUCCAAAUGAGCCAAGUGGUGAUGACAAAGUCACCCGUGCCAGAUAUCUCGGCAGUACAACAGUAAAGGAAAUGGUCCAGAACGAAUCGUCGCCGCUUCCUUGUAGGGUGCUUCUUCAUGAACCAAUAAUUGAAGCUCCCUCAGAGAAAGAAAUGGGAGACUUUGCCCUACAGGAUGAGGCGAUACAUAACCAGAAUAACUCUGAGACUGAAGACGAGGCCUCAUCUCUUCAUGAAGAUAGCUCAUCUUGUCACGAGGAUGAACUUUUUGCUCUGCCAUCUCACACGGAGCCACAAGCCUACACAGUUCCCUGUCCAGAUUUGAGUCACCUGGUUGAAGAGGUAACCUGUCUUGUCGGAGAGAUCUGUCUGACGGACGUCUGCAGAGACUCACGGCAUGAAGGCAAAAGGGAGGCGAGCGAGCAGCUGGUGCCUACACCCCCUGAUGAAAAUGAGGAUUUCAGCAAAGGUGUGCUUGAGGAAGAAAUGUCCCCUUCUGCUGAUGACAGUUUUGAGGCCCAGCUGUCACAGAUAACUCACCUCUCUCUGAUAAUCAAUGAUGACUCUGCUGAUAUUGUGCUAGUUGAGCAGCAGCCAGAGGAUUAACCACCCUCGGAUACCUUCAUUUGCCUUUAUCGGCAACAUUCUAUCAACUGCAUAUGCCUUAAGUUAGGUUCAAGUUAAGUUUUUUUUGUUAGUUUUUUCCUUUGCUGCGUAUGUUCUGUAAGUGCUCAAUGGCUAUUUUGAUUUGUUAAGAUUGACCAGGCAGUUCAUCGUUGUCCUUCGGCCCAGUGGCUCAUUUCAUUGUUCCUGUUGGAAAAACAACCUUGUGGUUAAAAGUGGCUUUGUACAGUAAUGGCUGUAAUACCUCCGAGUUUGUCAGUGUCCACGUGCUUAGCCAGUGUUACUUUAUCUGUUGUGAUAAACUGCCACAGCAUUCUUUUGGAAAUUAUUGAAUAUUUUGUUUAAAAAGCUAUAAAUGGCAGAUUUGAAUGGUUGUCUGGUGAAAUGCAGUUUUGUGUGGAUACAUGCAUGCCUUUAAGAAAUAUUUAUGUUUGCACAAUAAAUAUUCUAGAUUUAUGGA